CUCUAUCUUUACAAUCCGCACUGCCCCCCAGUACUCUGUCACCCUUCCUCUCCACCGCACCCAACCCAACAUUCGUCUCCUGCCCCAUCCUUUGCCCUUUUCGCCCUUGUCGAACCAGCCCGCCGAAUUCACUUUCUUCCUUGCUCCGUCGACGCCUACAAACACCAAGAACACCAUCACUCUCAAAGAAGUUCCUUCGACAAAUGCUCGGUUUCGAACGCCAUAUGAGGUUCAACACUCUGCGCGACGCCAAGUAACCCCUCCUCCUCCUUCCUGUAAUAGGCUACAGCUGUAACUUUGCGCGCCGCGACACUUCCCGCAGUCCUGCCCAAAUCCCUAUCCGACCUCCGACAAUUAGAGACCCCGUUAUCUCUGCCUUUUCUCGUAAACUUUCCACACCACAGCCCCUCUUCUUGAACGCGAACCCUCGGCGCGUACUUGGAUUUGUUGCAAACCGGCGUCACCUGCCAGUCUCAUCAUGUCGUCAAGUACACCCACGCCGCCAGACACGAACGGCGCCAGCUCCCACAAGCGCCCCCGAAACCCAGGGGCCGAUUCAAACGGCAGAGAAGCGGCCACCGACAACAAUAACAACAAUGUGCCUAAGCCAAAGCGCCUGGCGUGCAUGAUCUGUCGGAAGCGCAAGUUGAAGUGCGAUGGAGUUAGACCGAGUUGCAGUACCUGCGCCAGACUUGGCCAUUCUUGCGCAUACGACGAAGUCCGCAGGAAAAGCGGCCCGAAGCGAGGAUAUGUCAAGGCUCUCGAGGAACGAUUGAAACAAGUCGAGACUCUUCUCAAGACUCAAGACCCUCCAGUGGCACCUGCCGACCCUUCCAGGAACACGCCUCAAAACCUGGAUGCUACGGCUCCGAACCACAACCAAAGCGCUCCUGCACCGACGAGCUACAGCAUCCCCAAUCCUUCUUCUCUUGGUAUUGGAGCUGACCACGACGUGGACCAAUGGCGCUUCACCGGCGAAUCUUCGCCUCAGACCCAGAAUGCCGCUGCUCCGCCCAUGGAGGAUUUCAAUUUCAACUCCAACAUGUCGAUGGGCAUGAACAAUGCCGGAGGCAACUUCACCUGGGAGAUGAUUGGGCUCGGCCUUGAGGAGCCUCUUCCACCCCAGGAAACCAUCGAUGAGCUCCAUCAAAUCUAUUUUGAAAAGGUCCACCCGUCAGUGCCUAUGAUCCAUAAAUACAGAUACCUAGCAGCCAUGAACCUAGCCCCGAACCAAAGACCCCCAGUUGCACUGAGGUAUGCUAUAUGGACGCUGGCAUGUUCCAUCACAGAAAAGUAUCUUGAUCUCAAGGACCUCUUCUACCAAAGAGCCCGGAAAUAUGUGGAGGGAGACUACAUUAAGGGUUAUGGCGAGCACAUGAUCUCGGUAGCUCACGCUCAGACGCAUGUGCUCCUGGCCUCCUACGAGUUCAAAAUGAUGUAUUUCCCUCGAGCUUGGAUGAACACCGGGUCAGCUGUGCGUCUUUGUCAAAUGAUGGGCUUACACCGACUUGAUGGAGCUGGUUUGGAUGUCAAGCAAUGCCUUCCGCCGCCAAGAGACUGGACUGAGCGCGAGGAGAGGCGACGUACUUUUUGGAUGGCUUUCUGCGAGGACCGUUACGCAAGCAUCGGUACCGGGUGGCCCAUGACUGUCGAUGAGAAGGACAUCAUGACAAACCUGCCUUGUUCAGAAGAGGCGUUCGACAUGAGCCGGCCCGAGCAGACGCAGUCUCUGCAAGACUGCAUGAGCCCUUCUGGGGCGGGCAAGCUCUCUUCCUUUGGCGGCAUUGUGCUGAUGGCAUGUCUCUUCGGCCGAAAUUUGAUUCACCUGCACCGGCCCGAUGUUGACGACCGAGACCACGACCUCAACGGCGAGUUCUGGAAGCGGCACCGCAACAUGGACAACAUCCUUCUUAACACGUCCCUCUGCCUGCCGUCAUACCUCAAGCUACCCAUUGGCCUGGGUAACCCAAACAUCGUCUUUACCAACAUGAGCAUCCACACGUCGACAAUCUGCCUACACCAAGCUGCUAUCUUCAAGGCCGACAAGAACAGGCUUCCCUCUUCAGUCAGCGCGGAAAGUAAGGUGCGAUGUAUUACGGCGGCCAACGAGAUUGCGAGCAUCAUGAGGAUGAUAUCACAUUUGGACCUUUCAGCAAUGAAUCCGUUCAUAUCAUUUUGCUUGUACGUGGCGGCAAGGGUCUUCGUUCAGUAUCUCAAAAGCCGCCCCGAAGACAGUCAAACAGCCGACUCGCUCAGGUUUCUCCUCUCUGCCAUGAAUGCGCUCAAGAGACGGAACCCACUUACCGAGUCUUUCCUCGUCCAGCUGGAUGUGGAUUUGGAAGCUCUUGCGAUAAGGAUACCAAAACUAAAGACGGCAUUCCCGCGAAGCGGUGAAAGCCCGGGUUUGAAGACAGGUGGAGGCAACGGCCCCGUUUGCGACGACCCCGAGGGUGUACAAGGCAUCAUGUCCUACCGCAACGAAUGUCACUUCAUGAAGACUGUGGAGGAUGACGGCAACCUCGCCACGGCCCCAAACAUAGUCGAGCCCGAGCACACCAGCGACGCCGCUCCCAACUCUGCAUCAACUGGCUUCGGUGGCCAAGGUUGGCUUUCGGCGGAACAGGGCAUGUCAUACGGCACGAACACAACACAUGGUGUCCCCGUGCACGGGAACGCGUUGACACCAAGCUCCGGCUCCAUAUACGACAAAUCUGGCUCAAGCAGCGGGCACCUGACAGGGUUUGGACAGAGCGAAAGCAGCGGCGACAAUAACAUAUCGGGAUCAACAGAUGGCGACAACUCGAACCGACCGACACCAAAUUCAAGUUCGUCGGACCAGCGAGCGAACAUGGCGGCAGGAGGUCUCGAAGGACCCAGCCAGAACUCGUUCGACACCAGCCCGGUCACAACGCAACAGAACACCAACACUCGCGGUAGUACUGACAGAAACGCUAGCUACUUCAACGAUGCAAGUGCGUUCGGUAUUCGGACCGGGCUGACGCCAACUCAGAGAUUCUCCAUGCCCGAAACACCGGGAGCGGAUUUUGGUAUGUCGAACGGCUGGGGUGAGCUGCAAGGGCAGCCUGGCAUGACGCCUGGAGCUGAGGGAGUGUUGCGGUCACUGAUGAACAUGGGCCCCAUGGACGCCAUGGACCUUUCGUCGUGGGAUGCAGCAAACUAGAGCUGGGCAGGCUUGGAUUACUUACGGAAUUUGGAAGACACGGCCAUGAGCCACGUAGGCCCUUGUUACUAAUUCUCAAAGGGGGUUUCUUCGACUGGCGCUUUGCGGCUUUGAAUGUGGACUACAUUGAAUGUGGACGACGCGUGGGCUGGACAAGCCUCAACGCAGAUAUGUGAAGAUGAAUUAUUUAGUUACGUUUGGAGUUACGAACAUAACACAUGACUUGCAUGAACCAUG